GCGAGCGAGCGAUCCGUGCGUGAUGUGCACCAUUUUCGGUAGUGCAGGAGAAAACAAAGUUUGCCCAGACCCGCAGAGUGAAACCAGCAGAGCGGCCUAGUUCGGGAAGUGCGAAAGAUUCCUCCUUUACAUCGAAUCCCUUCGCAGCAUCGGACAUCUGCAUCAUCGGUGACCACGGUGAAGGCAGCAUCUAUUGCGUGUCAUCUUGCGAUACCACCACCCUGCGCCUGGUGGCGGAGGGCAGCUGGAGAUAAAUCAACAGUAAACACACGCGCGAGGGGAAACGGGGAAGAUCCGCUGCCGGAACGAAUCCACCGAGUCUCCGAGAGGACGGAAUUACGCUCAACAUGGCGUCCCCGCAGCAGGAUGAGAACAGCGAAGAGAAGCCCCGGACGGAGGAUGUGAUUAUGGAACAGCCGGUCCGUUUCAGCUAUAUGCACAUGUCGGAGCCCGUGCGCAAUGCCCUCAGUAAAAAUGGCUACACGCUGGCAUCUCCCAUACAGGCUCGAGCCGUUCCGCUGGCUUGCUGUUGCUUCGAUUUACUCGUCCAGGCAAAGGCAGGAACUGGGAAAACGCUCGUCUUUGCGAUCGCCAUCGCGGAAACGCACAAACCGAACGUUGGCUUUCCCCAAUCGCUCACCAUCGUACCGACGCGUGAGGUGGCCGUACAGGUGGAAGGUGUGCUGAACAGGAUCGGUGCGGAAGUUCCGAAAUUCCAAGCCCGUAGCUUCAUCGGUGGCAUGGAGAUCAGUGUGGACCGGAAGAAUCUGCAAAACUGUUCGGCAGUCGUGGGUACGCCCGGCCGGUUACUGCAUCUGAUCAAAAGCAACGUACUGAACACCUCCUGCAUCCGGACGCUCGUGCUGGACGAGGCGGACACACUGAUCGAUAAGAGUAUGCGCGAGGACAUACGGAAAAUCAUUAGCGCUCUGCCCGAGAAACGCCAAACGAUCAUAUGCAGCGCCACGUUUUACAACAAUCGCGAUCGGGAGCUGUUGAAGUUCAUGAACGAGAAGUACAUCGCCGUUACACCGAAACGCGAGGUACCGAUGCUGUACGGCAUCAAGCAGUUUGUCCGCGAGCUACCACAGGAGAGUGACACUGUGAAGGAUGUGAUGGCGAAGGUGGCCGCUGUUUCCGAACUGUUUACCAGGAUUCCCUUCCUGCAGUGUGUAGUGUUUGCGAACACGACGGCCAAGGCCGAAGCGUACUGUUUGUAUCUGCGUAAGGCAGGCUGGCAACCGGAGCUUAUCAAUAGUGCGAUGGAACAACGCUUGCGGUUGAAGGCGAUGGACGAUUUCCGUACGAUCCGAUCGCGCAUUUUGGUAGCCACGAAUCUGAUCGCACGAGGAAUCGACGUGGAUAAUCUCAAUCUCGUAGUGAAUGCCGAUGUGCCAAAGGAUCACGCUACGUAUCUGCAUCGGAUUGGCCGGGCCGGGCGCUUCGGUACGCACGGGAUCGCGGUGACGCUCGUGUCGGGUGUGAGCGAUAUGGAACGCUUUCGGCGCAUACUGCACGAUAUAGGCGGUAACGAGAUGUUUGCGCACCGGUUACCGGAAGCACCCGGUGGUGGGUUAGCGGAGCUGAAGGAUGUUUGGAAUUUCGCCGAGUACGGCAACAAGUACGAGAAAUUGUAUGCCUCCCAGAUGGAGCAGGAAAUUCGUGAUCGCGACAUCGAUCAACUGUUCCUGAAAGCGAUGAAAAUGAAUGGCACACAGGAGGCGGCGGCAACACAGGAGUCGGCGACGGUGGCUGCUGAGAAAACAACGAACGGCGAUCGAGCGCCAAAGGGUGGCGGUGUGCGUAACAAUAAUGAGGAACCGACAAACCACACCAAACCACCACCGCCGCCGCCGCUAGAUGAUAGUCUGGAGAAAUCAACCUCGGACGAGGAAACGGUGGUCGAGCUGGAACGCGCAACAAACGGCCAAGAAGCGGGUGGUGCGAAGCCAGUGAAUGGAUUCAGUAACGGCGAGAACAACGGGGUGGAAGAGAAUGGCAAUGUUUCGCCCGAUGGUUCGAACAGUAUUCAAAGCGGUGACAAACGGGUAUCCGGGCCACGGAAGCAGGAUUCACUGAAUGGCAACAGUAAGAAGAUGGGCGACCCCGGACGGCCCCCAGUGCCCAGCCCAGUGAACAAUGCCGAUGCGGACGAUGAUGACAAAUCGUCGUCAUCAUCGUCCUCUUCGUCCUCUUCUGGCCAUUCGCCAAAACCGGGUCCUUCGAGAAAUGGUAUUAAGGCACUGUCGCCCCUGCUGGUGGCUUCGGGUGCAGAACUGUCGAACGGGUUUACCGUUGCCACCACGAACGCCUCCUUAAUCGAACCGAUCGUGCUCGGUGUGCAGCAGCUAACGAUGAACGAGAUCAUGAUUGCUGGCGAUGAGUCGGAUGGGGGCAGCAGUAGCUCCUCGCUCAGCACGAACGUCACGGAGAAGGUUGAGGUUGGAUCGGACUUUAAUGCGCCACUAGCACGGCUUAGUCAAAUACCGGACCCACGGGC